AAAAUCAGUCACGGGUGCCACAUCAAAUUCAUCAGCUAUAUAAUUCUAGGAUCAAUCCAUUUGCACAUUCAUACCCAUCAAAACCCAAGAAGAAUAUAUAACUAGGUGCUAGUAGUAGUGAGCUUUGAGGACCCAGAAAAUGAUGGGUUCAAAGUCUACUGCAGUGUUCUUCAUCUUCUUGAUUUGCAUGGUAAUUGCGUUGCCACCAAUUCAAGCUUGUGCUCCUUGUACUCAGCCUCAUCCACCAAAACCGCCUAAACAUCAUCCAGGCCAUUCCAAAAUUCCUCCCCACCCCAAACACCCACCACACCACGGAGGUGGAGGAGGAAAAGGAGGCGGCGGCAAAGGAGGUGGAGGUGGAAUUGGUGGUCACCCAAAAGUUCCCCCUCCAUCCAAAAACCCACCAGUUGUAUCUCCACCAAUAAUAACACCCCCUAUUACUAAACCUCCUGUGACAAUCCCACCUCCUUCCCCCUUGUACCCACCUUACAUCCCUCCUCCAACGCCUCCUUGUGCUGGCUGCGGCGGAGGAGGAGGAGGUGGCUCGGGUAAACAUCCUCCGCCUUCUCCUACACCAGCUACUUGUCCUAUUGAUGCGCUGAAGUUAGGGCUUUGUGUGGAUGUGCUGGGUGGUUUGGUGCAUAUCGGGUUGGGGAAUCCAGUUGAGAAUGCUUGCUGUCCAGUGCUCCAAGGGUUGCUUGAGCUUGAAGCAGCGAUUUGUCUUUGCACGGCCAUAAGGCUUAAGCUGCUAAACCUAAACAUCUUCAUUCCUCUUGCUCUUCAAGCUUUGAUCACUUGCGGCAUAACUCCUCCUCCUGGUUUUGUAUGUCCGCCUCUAUAAGUGUAGUGGGUACUAGGACUAUUUCAAUAUAUGGUGUUAACUUGGGUUAGCAUUUCUAGCUAGCUAGAUUAGUUAGAUGGUCUUUGUAGACAUGCAACUCGAUCUUGAAUUUGCUAUGUACCUUUCUUGGGCUGACAAUAAGCUACAUUUCAAGUUGUAUUCUGUUUAUGGAUAAUUUUCUCUAUUUUAUCUCUAAAGAUGUUUGAUCGCCGGGGGGUUGAUCGAAGA